GAUUUCCUGUGCCCAGGGCUGGUUUGGUCUCUUCUCACGGGUGCAGCCAGCGCCGGGUGCUCGCGCUCCCUCCCUCAGCUCCAGGCACUUGGAGCACUCGCACUUGCUCUCCGCGCCGUGUGGGGGAUCCGCGCUACGGGAACGGCCUCUGUGGGACUCUGACUGGGAACGUUACCAUUUUUUCUCCCGUCCGCGGAUUGGCUCCCCGGGGUCACGUGGAAUUGGAAUCCUGAGUUGUGGCUUUUGGCACUCCUUUUUCUUUUUAAAAAUCGCUUGGUCUGUUGAGUUCUCCUGGGCUUGGUUGCCUCUGGACUGAGACUGGAGACUGACGGCAACUGCCCCCGGGCAGGCUGAGGUGGCAGUAGACAAUCUGCCGGGAUGUUCACUCAGGUGCCCCGGACCCCAGCUUCAAGCUGCUACUAUCUAAAUUCCAUGACACCUGAGGGCCAGGAGAUGUACUUGCGAUUUGAUCAGACUGCAAGACGCUCUCCUUACAGGAUGAGCCGGAUUCUAGCACGUCAGCAGCUAGUGACUAAAAUCCAACAAGAAAUUGAGGCAAAGGAGGCAUGUGACUGGCUCCGGGCGGCUGGUUUCCCACAGUAUGCUCAGCUCUAUGAGGACUCACAGUUUCCCAUCAACAUUGUGGCUGUCAAGAAUGAUCAUGAUUUUCUUGAAAAGGACCUUGUAGAAACCCUUUGCAGACGACUGAACACGUUGAACAAGUGUGCCUCCAUGAAACUUGAUGUGAACAUCCAAAGGAAGAAGGGUGAAGACUCAGAUGAGGAAGAUCUCUGCAUCAGCAACAAAUGGACUUUCCAAAGAACCAGCCGCAGGUGGUCUCGCGUGGACGACCUCCACACCCUGUUCCCCGGAGGGGACAGAAAUGGGUCACUGGGAGGCCAGAGGAUGAGAAACACCACCAGCAGUGAGAGUGUCCUCACCGACCUGAGUGAGCCUGAAGUUUGCUCCAUCCACAGCGAGAGCAGCGGAGGCAGCGAGGGCCGCAGCCAGUCAGGCCAGUGUGGGGCUGACAGCCCGGUCAUGCUGGAAGCCACACUGGUCAGCAGCAACCUCCAACAGUUGCCCCAAGAGGUCCUCAGCCACCCUUUCCAUGUCAGGAAUGAGAAACCUAGCAGGGCCAGAGCCAAGUCAUUCUUGAAACGCAUGGAAACACUGCGCUCGAAGGGAUCGCACGCAAGGCUUAAGGGGCCAGGACGGACAGGUGGCCUGGUCAUCAGCGGGCCUGUACUACAACAGGAACCAGAGUCCUUUAAAGCCAUGCAGUGCAUCCAGAUCCCAAAUGGACAUCUCCAAACUUCCCCCUCCACUGCCUGCCAAAGAGGACUUCCAUGCUCUGCUAAAUCAAGCGGCGACAGCAGCCCCUCAGAAAACAGCAGCAGUGGGGUGAGCACUCCCUGCCUGAAGGAGCGGAAAUGCCACCAUGAGGCCACCAAGCGUGGGGGCAUGUACCUGGAGGACUUGGAUGUGCUGGCGGGAACAGCACUGCAGGAGGCAGAGGACCAAAACCACAGCCAUGGCUUUCACUCCCAAGAGAAUUUGCUGGUGCAUAUCCCCAAGGAUCACAAACCAGGAACGUUCCCCAAGGCACUGUCCAUAGAGAGCCUCUCACCCACAGACAAUAGCAAUGGGGUUAACUGGAGGACUGGAAGCAUCUCCCUGGGCAGGCAGCAGGACUCAGGGGCCAGAGAGCAGAGGCUCAUGGCACCCUGCCACAGAGCAAGCCGAGUCAGUAUUUAUGACAAUGUCCCUGGCUCCCAUUUGUAUGCAAGCACAGGGGACCUGCUGGACUUAGAGAAAGAUGAACUCUUCCCUCACUUAGAUGACAUCCUGCAGCAUGUCAGUGGGCUCCAGGAGGUGGUAGAUGAUUGGUCCAAGAAUGUCUUGCCUGAACUGCAAACUCAGGAUGCACUGGCUGGGGAGUCUGGCCUAUUGCCCUUCCCCUCUCCUAAUCAGAUCACUUUGGACUUUGAAGGCAACUCAGUCUCAGAGGGCCGGACAACACCCAGUGAUGUAGAGAGAGAUGGUGCAUCUCUGAAUGACACUGAGGUCCCUGGGGUCAGAGAAAGGAGGGACUCUGGUGUGGGAGCCUCUCUGACCAGACCAAACAGGCGACUCCGAUGGAACAGCUUCCAGCUCUCACACCAGCCCCAGCCCUCACCGGCAUCGCCCCACAUAAGCAACCAGACGGCUGGCCAGCUGAACCUGCUCCAGCGCUUCUCCCUGCUUCGCCUCACGGCCAUCAUGGAGAAGCACUCCAUGUCCAACAAGCACGGCUGGACAUGCCUCUUCCCACAGUGCACCCCAGGGGGCUUGCAUGACCUGCUUUCUGUGAAUUCUAGGUCAGUUCCAAAGUUCAUGAAGAGGAUGAAAGUUCCUGAUUACAAAGACAGGGCUGUUUUUGGCGUUCCUCUCAUAGUCCACGUCCAGAGGACAGGACAGCCCCUGCCCCAGAGUAUCCAGCAAGCACUAAGAUACCUGCGCAGCAACUGCCUGGACCAGGUGGGUCUUUUUCGCAAAUCCGGAGUAAAGUCUCGAAUCCAUGCCCUGCGACAAAUGAACGAGAAUUUCCCUGGACACGUCAACUAUGAAGACCAGUCUGCGUAUGAUGUGGCGGAUAUGGUGAAACAGUUCUUCCGGGACCUCCCAGAGCCCCUUUUCACCAACAAGCUCAGUGAGACCUUCCUCCACAUUUACCAAUAUGUCCCCAAAGAGCAGCGGCUGCAGGCGGUGCAAGCCGCCAUCCUGCUCCUGGCCGACGAGAACAGGGAAGUGCUGCAGACGCUCCUGUGUUUCCUGAAUGAUGUCGUCAACUUGGUGGAAGAGAACCAGAUGACGCCCAUGAACCUGGCUGUGUGCCUAGCCCCCUCGCUCUUUCAUCUUAACCUACUGAAGAAAGAAAGCUCUCCCAGAGUCAUCCAGAAGAAAUAUGCCACCGGGAAGCCAGAUCAAAAGGACCUCAAUGAGAACCUGGCUGCCGCACAGGGCCUGGCCCACAUGAUCAUGGAAUGUGACAGACUUUUUGAGGUGCCACAUGAGAUGGUGGCCCAGUCUCGUAAAUCCUAUAUGGAGGCAGAGAUCAAUGCACCAACCCUGGAAGACUUGGGCACGCAACUGGAGGAAAGUGGAGCAACGUUCCACACUUACCUGGAACACCUCGUCCAUGGCCUCCAGAAAGAAGCCAAGGAGAAGUUCAAAGGCUGGGUCGCGUGCUCCAGCACUGAUAACACAGAUCUUGCCUUCAAGAAGGUCGGGGAUGGCAACCCGCUGAGGUUAUGGAAGGCCGCAGUGGAGGUGGAGGCGCCACCCUCGGUGGUGUUGCAUCGUGUGCUAAGAGAACGACAUCUGUGGGAUGAGGACUUUGUGCAGUGGAAGGUGGUGGAGACCCUGGAUAGGCAAACAGAGAUCUAUCAGUAUGUGGUGAACAGCAUGCCUCCCCACCCUUCCAGAGACUUCGUGGUUCUCAGGACCUGGAAGACUGAUUUGCCCAAAGGGAUGUGCACCCUGGUGUCCCUGUCUGUGGAGCAUGAAGAAGCCCAGCUCAUGGGCGGAGUGCGGGCUGUGGUGAUGGAGUCUCAGUACUUGAUAGAACCCUGUGGCUCUGGCAAGUCGCGGCUGACCCACAUCUGCAGGAUAGACCUGAAAGGUCACUCCCCGGAAUGGUACAGCAAAGGCUUCGGACACUUGUGUGCAGCGGAAGUAGCCAGAAUCAGGAACUCUUUUCAGCCCCUCAUUGCUGAGGGUCCAGAAACGAAAAUCUGAGUUUUCCCAGCGUGACAUCAAACUCAGGGAAGAGGAAGAGAAAGCAAAUGGUAAUGACAGAGAGUGUGCGCAUGAGAAAGCCAGAGAGAGCAAGUGGCUGACCGACAUAGUAUUGCUUAAGAAUGGAUGCAGUGAAAAGCAGUCGGCAUGAUGAGGACACAAGAAUUUCAAAAGGAACUUUUCUGGCCUUCCUGGAGAUGGCUACAUCCAUACUAAUAGAAUAUUUUUAAAUAUUAGAGCAUUUAUCUAUAUUACUUAAAAUUCAGUGGACUAUUCCUUGUGCAUUGCCUAAUUUUGUAUUUAAAGGCUUCUAAGAAGCAUAUACUGCAUUGUAAAUAAAUGUAUGUGUAACAUUUGUAUAUAUACAUGUGUAUAUCUCCAUCUUUGCUGUAAAUAUGUAAGAUACUCAUUUUAUAUAUGUCUGUUUUGAAACAGAAUGUCUGACUCGGUGAGUCCUUUCCUCACAUAGCUCUUCCCAAGUUCCUCUGGGUCCCAUCUCCCUGUUGUCCUAGAAGCUGAGCAGAACCUGCUGCUAACACCAAAGUGUGAGAAUGUGUCGUCCAACAGGCUGCCAUGAUGUCUAACCAAAGAUCAGCUAACCAAAGGAAAAUACCAUUUAAAAGGUUCUGACGCCUUGUCGAUUUGCUCCUGCCAACCAAGUACUGAGGGUGGAGUGCUGGGAUGGAGUGAGGGGAAGAACUUACUUCUUUAAUACAAAGCAAUGGUGAAAAGUCAUUACCAAAUUGAAGUGGCGUUGGCCAACUGGCACUGGGCCCCCCAGAUGUGAUUUCAGUGAGAUGUCAGACACUGAGGGACCACUGUGUCAUGCCAGUGACUGAGACACUACCGUGCCCCAACUAGAAGUGAGCAGACCACCCUUCACAUCUUCAUGGCAAUGAUGAUCUCUGCAUGGUCUCAGGUUUCCAUAGAGACAAGGGUACUUCAAAAAGUUCAAGAGAAACGAGAGUUGAAAGAUGAUGCACAUUUCCACAAGGGUUUUGAAGUAGCCUCCUAUAUUUCAUAAUGAUGUUAAAUGUUAUUCUCUUUGACCAGUGGCCUUCAUGGGCACAGUUCAUUGGCAUUUUCUUACCAGUUUUGUAUUGCACUGAAUUUAACUCUGGACACCAAAGGGAGGUGAUGAUUGUUCAAGAGUCCUAGAUCAUCAUAGCUUCAGGGAACUCGUAUUUUUUCUGUAUGAUGCUCUUAAAAUAUAACUCAGUACUGUUCUGCAAUCCAAAAGAUAAGAUAUUUAAUUAGUAUAAGACCAAAGCUAUGUUCUUUAGUUUUAGAAAAUAUAAACAUGUUUAUUAGUUUCAUAUUUCUUUAUUAGCCUGCUCAAACUACCUAUGCAUCUGACCCAAUCUUAUUUAUUAAUAUAAAGGAUGGGCAAAUUGACUCUCCUGAACCAGUUGUGAAUGGAUUUGUUUUUAUUGUAGUUCAACAACUGUAAAAGAAAGAUAACUUAUUGUGUUUGGUUUCAGGGAGAGAGAUAUUCUUUGGUUGUCUGUGACAGAAAUGAAUAUCUCUGAUGUUAGAAAACAAAAAGAAACAGUUUAAAUGAAUGGCUCCAGUUUUUUCUGUAUUAUUUCAUUUAUGUAAUGUUUUCUCUUAUCAGCAAUUAUUUUAUUGAAAUAAUGUGCAAUUAUUUUAUUGAAAGGAAUAAAAAUGCUACAUAUGAGUUUGGUAUGGUGCAAGGUAAAUCAUACUGUUUGAAUUAUGACCUAGGAAUUUUCCAUCCCCAUGUGUGUAUCUAAAAAAGGUGGCAACAACCCCGUAAUUUACCUUUUGGACAUUGCUUUGUGAACAAAACAAAUCCAUCCAAAACCUCUUGAACGUAACUCUAUAUGCUGGGUUACUGUUUAUACAUCAACAACAUCAUUAAUGUAGGUUAGCUAAACACUGGCACUGUCCCGAGAACAGGACCCUGCGUGUUUGGGAAACACAGAAUAAGCAUUUUUCCCAAACACAAGUAUCCUCUACUCCUAAUGCGCACACACUUCCCCCUGGGUGCUUGUGACAUGCAGACUCCUCUGCAGGCGGUCUGGAGUGGGCGUGAAAUGCUGCAUCGCUCGUGGGCCUCAGGGACACCCACGCUCUGGCCCAAAGACCUCGCUCUGAGAAGCCAGCAUCUAGAGGACACUUAAACACAGUAAAACCAAGUGUGUUUGUAUUUCCGACUCUCCUCUCUUCAAAUAACCUGGCUUGUUUUUUGUUGUGCACAUACUCAUCACAUCACUACAGCGUACGAAAUCAGUGCAUCCUUCUAGAAAAGGAAAGGGGAAAGUGGGGAGUGGAGAGGAUGCAUCUCACGUAUUUGUCG